AGGAAGCAGGGAGAUGUAGACCUCAUUGACUUCCGUGUCCAAAUGCCGGCCACCCCGUGGCGCCUCCAAGUUAAGGAUGCCAUCAUGGGAGAGAGCAGCUCGGACCCGCCAGGGGUCCACAUCUGCAGGCAGGACAUAGGUGCGACAGAACUCUCGGGACACGAAGCCGUGGCGAUCCAGACGCUGGGGGUGUCGGGCAGAUACCUCCAGCAGGUUAUCCACAGUCCUCACCGUCACCUCAUCUGGGCUCAGUGAGUACCCGGUAUGUGUCACCCUGCCAAAUCCCUGAUCACAAGUCUCCAUGGACUGGCGGUGAACGGGCAUAAUAAAACCCCUGACAUCACCAUUCCAGAAGCUUCACAAGACUGCAUAUAUAAGGGGCUGACUGGAGCUGCAGCUGAAGGAGCUGACCAGCCAACCGACUCUACAUUCACUAGCCACCAUGGACAUUGCCAUCCACCAUCCCUGGAUCCGGCGUCCCUUCUUUCCUUUCCACUCCCCAAGCCGCCUCUUCGACCAGUUCUUCGGAGAACACCUGUUAGAGUCUGACCUCUUCUCAACUGCCACUUCCCUGAGUCCCUUCUAUCUUCGGCCACCCUCCUUCCUGCGGGCACCUAGCUGGCUUGACACUGGACUCUCAGAGAUGCGUUUGGAGAAGGACAGAUUCUCUGUGAACCUGGACGUGAAGCACUUCUCUCCAGAGGAACUCAAAGUCAAGGUUCUGGGAGACGUGAUUGAGGUGCACGGCAAACACGAAGAACGCCAGGACGAACAUGGCUUCAUCUCCAGGGAGUUCCACAGGAAGUACCGUAUCCCAGCUGAUGUGGAUCCUCUCACCAUCACUUCAUCCCUGUCAUCUGAUGGAGUCCUCACUGUGAAUGGACCAAGGAAACAGGCGUCUGGCCCUGAGCGCACCAUUCCCAUCACCCGUGAAGAGAAGCCUGCUGUCACCGCUGCCCCUAAGAAGUAGAUUCCCUUUCCUCGUUGUGUUUUUUAAAACAAGGAAGUUUCCCAUCAGUGAAUGAAAAUCUGUGACUAGUGCUGAAGCUUAUUAAUGCUAAGGCUGGCCCAGAUCAUUAAGCUAAUAAAAAUAUCGUUCAGCAACA